AUGACGAACGCUGUUUGCGAGUCCCACAACAAAUCCUGGGUUAUAAUCGAGACUUGUCGACUUCGGGCCUUGCAGCGUAAUAAGACGAUACUCAAUCUUUAUUUAAAUGUUUUGCAUCCUACGAAUUCGGUUUCGAUACGCAUGCAAAUCCAAAAGAAGUUCAACGGAUAUAAGCCUUGGAUUGUUGAUUUAACAUUUGACGCUUGCAAGUUUAUGAAGGACAAAUCCAAUAAAGCAGUUAAAGUUGUAUUCGAUCUUAUUAAUGGAUAUACGAGUCUUAACCAUCCAUGUCCCUAUGUGGGCCAACAAUAUCUUAGAGGUUUCUACCCGGCCAUCGAAAAGUUUAGACUUCCGCUGCCCACUGGCGAUUAUGUGCUAUUAUUGACCUGGAAGUUCUACAAUAGACUUCAAUUAGAAACAAAUAUUUACUUUACAUUUGUGGAGGAUUUCUAA